AUGCAGCUUUUUUCAUACGCCUUUGUAGCCGCUGUGGCAUUGGCAAACAAAGUUGUUCUUGACGAUGGCGCCAACAGCCAGGUCUGCGAAGGAAUGUACUCGCGCCACGACUGGGGCGGCUCUUAUAAGCCCCAUAUAGAUAUUCGCCUCAACCACUUUGGCAAGGACCAUUACGAUCCGAAAAACGACGGCAUCAAGCUGCCCGAGCAGUUCAAGCUCCACUACGUGAUUUUCGAGUACAAGGACUUUGACCGCUUGGGCAAGGUCGACGACGCGGGCAAGAAACACUACAUUUGUACUGAUAAGGCCGUGGACUAUGGCUUGUGUGACGAGUCCCAAAAGGGCAGUUUCUUGACUGACGGUGACGUUUCCAACAGCACCGUCUACACUGGCGAGAUGGAGCGCUUGGGCAAGGCGCCCUUGACGUACAAUGUGGAGAAAUCAGGCUACUACUGUGUGGCAACCUUUUCCGGCACUGACAAGAAGUACGAGGGCUGGGUCAACUUCCAGAACGCCUUUGGCGCUCUCAGCGCGUCGGAAAUCCCCAAAUUGCCCGCCUACGGCAUUUUGACUGUGUGCUAUGCGGUGAUUUUGGCGCUUUUCGGCUUCCAGUUCUUCAAGAAGAGAAAGCAGAACCAGAUCUUGCCCUUGCAAAAGUACUUGUUGGCGAUGCUCCUGUUUUUGACCUUUGACACGCUUGUCAUGUGGACGUACUACGACUUGGUCAACCGGACGUUUUCUCGUAACUGGUUUGUGCUGUUUUACAUGGUCUUCUUGUCGCUUAUGGACGCGGCAAAAAUCACCUUCUCUUUCUUCUUGUUAUUGUGCAUUGCCCUCGGCUAUGGUGUUGUGGUGUUGAAGCUUCCAAAGAAGGAAAUGAACAGAUGCAAGAUUCUUGCCGCAAUUCAUUUCACAGCAUCGAUGUUCUAUUUGAUUGGAAGCUACCAUUCGUCUUUCAAUGCGUCCGCAACGCGCUCGAGAGAUAUUCUGGAAGCCGACGAGAACGGAAGCAUUUGGAAUUUCAUCUUUAUGAUUCCUGUCGCCAUCACUUUGACUGUGUACUACGUAUUGAUUUUGGCCUCCAUCAGAAACACCACCGAAAAUUUGCACAAGCAGCGCCAGGUCAUCAAGUUGCAGUUGUACCAAAACCUAUUCCGCCUCAUUGCGGCGUCUGUUCUUUUGACCAUUGGUGGAAUGGUUCUUUCCGUUUUCAUUUUCGCCAGUUUGAGUGCCACUGAGUUCGUUGAGCUGCGUUGGAAAGGUGCGUACUUCAUGUACGACUUUUGGCCCAGUUUGGUCUUUUUUGGCGUUUUCAUUGGUAUCGCCUGGUUGUGGCGGCCUACUGAAGCCAGCUACAUGUUGGCGGUUUCUCAACAAGUGUCCACCGUUGAAGGUGACGAGGAACAAGGCGGCAAUGCAGGUUACCAGCAGGGCCAUGAGUUUGAGUUGGACGACUUAUCGUUAAUGAGCCACAGCGAUGAAGAGAAUGCGCAAAGAGACAGUUUCGAAUUGCAAAACCAGAGUCUCCCCAAUGAUGAGCCUCCAAAGUACAAGGAAGCUGAAACAGAAGCCCACACAGACUCUGCAGGCGCAAGCAACACGUUGUUUGAGCUUGGAGACGACGAUUUGGACCACGACGAUCAUGAGGAUGACAAGAAGGACAAGAGAUUGCAGACAUAA